GACUCCUUCACUGACUGCUGCUCAGCCUCACUCACUCAUUGCAGGAGGACAGCGUGUACGGUGCCCGGCGUUUACCAAGGAUUUACCAAACUUUCCCGCAUUUGCACUCGGGCUUCCUUUGAAGGUCUCCCUGUUUUAUUCCAACAUGAAGGAGCGAAGACUCACACAGCCGUUUGUAGGGAGGUGUAAGCUGGUGCUGGUUGGGGACGUCCAAUGCGGUAAAACAGCGAUGUUACAAGUCUUGGUGAAGGACUGCUAUCCAGAGACUUAUGUCCCUACUGUGUUUGAGAACUACACAGCCUGUCUGGAGCUUGAAGACCAGCGUGUGGAGCUCAGCCUUUGGGACACAUCAGGUUCUCCGUACUACGACAAUGUCAGGCCUCUCUGCUACAGCGACUCAGAUGCAGUCCUCUUAUGCUUUGACAUCAGCCGACCGGACACAGUAGACGGUGCACUCAAGAAGUGGAAAGCAGAAAUCCAGGACUUCUGCCCCAGCACUCGGAUCCUGCUAGUAGGCUGCAAGACGGACCUGCGCACAGACGUGUGCACCCGCAUGGAGCUGUCCAAUCAGAAACAGGCUCCAAUCUCCCACGAACAGGGUUCAUCAUUAGCCAAGCAGCUUGGAGCCGAGGCUUACUUGGAGUGCUCAGCUUUCACAUCAGAGAAGAGCAUCCACAGUGUUUUCCGUACCGCGGCUCUGGCCUGCAUGAACAAACUCCAACCCACCAAUAAGCCCAGCCCAGUCCGGCGCCUCUCCAAGAGACUCCUACACCUGCCCAGCAAGACAGAACUCCUCUCCUCCACCUUCAGCAAGGACAAGUCCAAGAGCUGCUCCAUCAUGUGAAUACUACUAAGAUAAAUGUGGCAAAAGGACAAACGAACGAGACUGUUGCUGGCUCAGCGGGGGUGCCUGGUGUGCAAGGGAAAGAGAGCAAUUAUGUGGAUUUUUACAAAGCCUCUCUCUCUCUCUCCUUUGCAGCUUCCUCCUGCAAACUCCUGUCAACCGCUUCCAGAAAGAUCACUUUCUAUAUUCAACUCCAGUGCUGAAGUUUUGAUCAUGACUUGCCACCAGCAUAACAAUAUCUGCAGAGAGAGAGAAUUAUGUUUGAUGUUCAAUUAAACUAUGUGCUAGCAGAGCAUAACAGGCGCUUUAAGGUGCUGUGAAUCGUCUUGAAUAAGGUCACUACUGCCUCUUUACCAAAGGAAGGGUUUGUAACUAUUACAUCUGACUGCAUUUAAAAUUCUGAAGGCAGUGCCCUUUCCCAUCCAUCUUUGUUUGAAUGUCUGUCUGAGGUCACCGUAUGGGCUGAGUGACGAGAUUAAAUGUAAAAUCUGACAUCUGACAGGAAUUGGUAUCAACAGAAAUACGGUGCGGGGGAUUGAAAAUGGCAGGCCUUGGAGAAAUUCCUCUCCCAGCUGACCCCUCUUGGUAUAUCGGUUGGAAAUUAAAGCUGACAGUGGAGAAAAGGUGGAGAGAGAGAGGGGGGGUUUGGCGAGCAGAGCGCUCAUUUGCAAAGGCAGCGGGAGGACAAACCGAGAGCUCGUCUGAAGGAGCACAAUGUGACUCAGCACUCACAUGAUCUGCAAAACAGUCACGGGUUGGACGUGCUGUGCUUAAAAACAAAUAAACAAACACGUGCAUGUCUUUGUGGAUUCUCUGCCAUUACCCAUCAUCACCCACCACGGCAGUCUUUUGUUCAGUGUUACUAACCACAGGCCUUUAUUAUGGCACUGAUGAAUCAUCUUACCCUGCUUAAUGGAUAUCGGUUUUUAUACAUGUUCCAGCAUAAAAAUGAAGUUGUUCUUGCUGGGCCUUCAUCGAUUACACAAAGAUGUCCUUUUACACAACACAAACUCGAUAGAUGUAUUUUAGUGUACCAAAAGAAAUCUUUCUUUUCAAAUCCCUCUCCUGCUAGACGUUUAAUGACAAGUAGUCCUGGGAGGCUUAGGAGCCAUAAACGUGCUUAUCAGGGUUCAUGAACUCCAGGGGCUGAUUUUAAGGGGUAUGAAACUGAUUAGCAAUUUUACCAACAGAAAAUUGCCUGAUGGACAAUGGACUGUUAAAAAAGGAAGACCAAAAUUGGGUCAUACUUUUCUCCUUCUUUUCAAAAAUCUUGACACAGGCCUACAAUUUCAAUAAUGAAACCUCCAUUAUAAUUUCUAAGCUGGAAAGGUGGCUAAUGUUCAUUCUCAAUGGGCCCAAAAUUGUAUAAGUGUGUGGAACAUUAGGAUAACUCCCAAAAGAAGAAGCCUAGACCUUUUCCUUUUCUUAUGACAGCAAAUGAGUCUUCUCUUUUUUUACAUCCAUGCUAGUGGUAGUUAAUCAAGCCUUGCAUUGAUUAGCUACCAAUCUUCAAGUAUUAAGAAACACUUGAAGAUUGCUUGUCUGGUGCUUCAACCAUAAAACAUUUUCCAGCUUCAUGAACUUUCUGGUACAGUAUCCGCUCUUUAACUCUUUAAAUCUGCCUGCUUAUAGAAUAAAAUGACCGGGUGUGCAUCAGAAGUUAGUGAGGGUGAUCUCUGCCUAUGCAGCUAUGCUCGGAAGAACCCAGAAACUGCUCUAAAGGUUGUCAAACCCUGGCUUUAUUGAUAUAUACUGAGGUGCUAAAAGUCAUCAUUAAGGGACAAGGGAGGUUGUCAAAUGCCAUUUUGAUGGGGAAGUUAAGCAGUAGUUUGUCCCAAAAGCUGUUAACAGACUGAUUUGUAAUAUGGAGAAGUUUCUCCAAGCUCAAUUCUUAACUAAGUUUCCUUGAGAGAGGAACAGGCUGCUCCUGACUUUUUUCUUCCUCAUUUCUUUUUUUAUGCAUUAGAUAUAUUUGGAUAUAUAUAUAUAUAUAUAUAUAUACAUUUUCAUCCUAAUCCGGCCUUUUCCCCCCCGGUGGAUGCUUUGUUGUGGCUGUCACGGGUGUUUUUGUAGCUGAUGAUGUUGUUCUUGUAUUCACCGGAGUCUUCUGGCAUUAGCUGCUGUUGACAGCUCGGCUAAUGGAGGACUUGAUGAUUUGUAGGUCUGCGCCGAGAAGCCCGGCAAUGCGCGGAUCACUGGAAUUUAACGUGUUGCCUAGCAACAGUGUGAGCAGGGGCAGUUCCUGUUUCUCGGAGAGGAGGAGGGAGGGAUCUCUCAGAGAAGGCGCCUGACCUUUUUAUUUGUAGCAUUUAGACAGAAGGAACAGCAAAGGUGAUGGCUGCACAUAUCGGAGCAGCGGACUGUUGGGGAUGUCCCGAGCCGUCACGUGUUGUCUAAAACUUGUCUUUGUAACACUACUGCAGUCAUUUUUUUCACUCCUCAGUCCUGCCUGGAACAUCAUGUCACCCUUAAGUUGCAUUUGUCUAAUGUACAGCCAUUAUUUAAGUCUCUCUCUCUGUUUUUUUUUUUUUUUUUGUAUAUAUCCUUUUAGAAAUUCCCCAAAGAAUAUCAGUGAAGCAAAACUAAAUGUUCAUGUGAAGUUGCCAAUUAUUGCUUAAAUUAUUGACUUGAGUUCUGUACUUGUUAAUGCCAUACACUAACUUCUAAGUCUUUUACUUAAUAAAUAUGUCUGAAGUUUAUUUUAAGUCUGUGUUUCUGUGUUAAGCUUAUUAAAGGUGAAAC